AUGGCCACCACCGCCUACUCUCGUCAUCCCACCAGCUAUGUCUCCCACCAGAAGGCCCUCCCCAUCACCAUGCCGUCCGGCAAGGCCCCCGUCUACAGCUACCCCCAGUCCCGGGUCCUUGAUUCUCCGGAACUCUCUGACACCAGCACCUCUUACACUGGCAGUCGGACCUCCGCGGGUUCCUACAGCCGAUCCAGCUACGCGCCCAGCCACAGCAGCGGAGACUUCGACUCCUACACGCAUUCUGGCGUGGAUGUUGUUGACAUGCUCAGCGACAAAAUGAACGCCGCCUUCGAUCCCAUUCGACUGGAUCGCUCGCUAGCGAAACAAGCUCAGACAUCUGGCGAAUUGAACGCUAAACAGCGGGAGCUGCAAGAGCUGCAAGCGAGGGCCCAGCGGAGAUUGAAAUCCGCACGGGUCAAUUUCGCUGAAGGAGUCGAGGCCGUGAAAGAAGCCCGACAAGACGUGGAGUACACGUCGAAGAAAAUCUCAGCGAUGAAAUCGAAGGCGGAGAAGAAACACCCGGAGGCGUAUGCGAAAGCCAGCCGCAGCCGCCACGCCUGA